CCCGAUCCCGUCCGGGUCAUUCUCCUCCUCCUCGUCCCGUUUCUCGCCAUGCUGCUCGCUCGAGCCCUUCGUUCCGCCGCCUCGUUCCGCCCCGCUCUGUCCCCGCUCCGCUCGCUCUGGUCCGUCCCGCAGCCGCUCCCGGCUCGUUCCCUGUGGCAGCGGAGCGAUGUUGUUGUUGGCUGGAGGGCGGCGCUGCUCAGACCGCGCCGGGGAACUGCGGGCGGCGUGUCCUGCGGCUGCGGCGGGCUGCACACGGAGGGGGACAAAGCGUUCGCUCAGUUCCUGACGGAUGAGAUCCAGGAGGAGCGGAAGAUCCAGAAGCACAAAGCGCUGCCCAAAGUGUCGGGCGGGUGGGAGCUGGAGGUGCACGGCACCGAGGCGAGGCUGGUGCGCAAAGUCGCCGGGGAAAAGAUCACGGUUACCUUCAACAUCAACAACAGCAUCCCGCCCGCUGUGGAUGAGGACGCGCCGGAGGAGCAGAAACACGAGGAGCAGGAGGAGCCCGAUAUCACAUCGACUCCAAACUUUGUUGUGGAAGUCAUUAAGGAUGAUACAAAGCAGACCCUCGUGCUUGACUGCCAUUACCCCGAGGAUGAGGUUGGCCACGAGGGAGAGGAAGAAAGUGACAUCUUCACCAUUAGGGAGGUCAGCUUCCAGCCCACCGGGGAAUCAGAUUGGAAGGACACCAACUACACCCUCAAUACGGAUUCCCUCGACUGGGCUCUGUAUGAUCACUUAAUGGAUUUCCUGGCUGACCGAGGAGUGGAUAACACGUUUGCUGAUGAGUUAAUUGAGCUCAGCACUGCGCUGGAGCAUCAGGAGUACAUUAAAUUCCUUGAAGACCUUAAAAGCUUUGUUAAAUGUCAGUAGGGAAGGAAAGCAGCGUUCAGUGUGGGCAUUACACAGCAGUGCUCCACCAGCAGAACCACAACGUAUCUUCACAACAGAGAUGGAGUAACUGAAUUGGGAAUUGAGCAUCACGGGACAGUGAGGGGCCUCACUUGUAUUUAUGCUACGUUGCAGCCCAGCUCAGGUUCUCAAACAGGACUGUCUGGACCUGCCUCCCCCUGCUGCAUUUUGUACCAUUAGGAAUGAAGGUGAAUAAUAAAAUGUGUUCAAAACUCCCUGAAAA